AUGGGGAAGGAGGCGAAGGAGGGAGAGAACGGGGAAGGAGGGAGAGAACAGGGAAGGAGGCGAAGGAGGGAGAGAACAGGGAAGGAGGCGAAGGAGGGAGAGAACGGGGAAGGAGGCGAAGGAGGGAGAGAAUGGGGAAGGAGGCGAAGGAGGGAGAGAACGGGGAAGGAGGCGAAGGAGGGAGAGAACAGGGAAGGAGGGAGAGAACAGGGAAGGAGGCAAAGGAGGGAGAGAACGGGGAAGGAGGCGAAGGAGGGAGAGAACGGGGAAGGAGGCGAAGGAGGGAGAGAACGGGGAAGGAGGCAAAGGAGGGAAAGAACGGGGAAGGAGGCGAAGGAGGGAGAGAACGGGGAAGGAGGCGAAGGAGGGAGAGAACGGGGAAGGAGGCGAAGGAGGAAGAGAACAGGGAAGGAGGCAAAGGAGGGAGAGAACGGGGAAGGAGGCGAAGGAGGGAGAGAACAGGGAAGGAGGGAGAGAACAGGGAAGGAGGCAAAGGAGGGAGAGAACGGGGAAGGAGGCGAAGGAGGGAGAAUGGGGAGGAAGUGA